AUGCGGAUACCCUUGAUCUUUGCCGUGGCUUGCUUUGUUGCAGGCGCGUCUGCGCAAACCUUCCAACGCUUAGGCGGUUGCCCAGAUCUGGGCUGUGUCUUCCCCCCGGAUCAGGCAGAGUUCCUUCCCGGUCAAUACUUUGAUAUCCGCUUAGAGGUUCACUCUCCCGUGAACGGCUCCGAAGCCCGCGAGGGAGAGCCUGAUCCUGAUUUUAAGCUCAGUAUUGUCAAAAAGGGUAGACGUCCCAUUCCCGCAGCCAAGUUCUUUGACACUGAGGAGCCGCCGCUCGAAACGUGGGACUUUACUUGGUACGAAGACCUGUUUGCCAAGGAUGCCGAUAAACCUUCGCUUGUUAAGGUCACCUCCAAGGCUUACAGAAAGGUCGCACUGUAUGAUCCGGGAGAGUACAAGGCCAUCUUGACCUACUGGGACAAGCAGACGGUUGCCAACUGGGUAGUUCGCGACAUUCCGCACCGCCGGCGGGCGAAGAAUGUCGUCCUAUUUAUUGGAGAUGGAAUGACAACCAACAUGAUCACUGCAGCGCGUCUUAUCGCGCACAAAAGCAUCAAUGGUAAAUAUCUGACAAAAAUGGCGCUGGACAAGUUCCCCGUGCUGGGACACCAGAUGACGCACUCGAUGGACUCGUUCAUCACCGACUCCGCCAACUCGGCAACGGCUCUCUACUCGGGCCAUAAGACGACCGUAAACGCCUUGAAUGUCUACGUGGAUUCUUCCAGUGAUCCGUUUGAUGACCCAAAAUUCGAGACCAUCACCGAAAUCCUCCGUCGUACCUAUCCAGGCAGCGGUGUUGGGAUCGUGUCCACUGCUUUCCUUGCCGACGCGACUCCUGCCGCCCUCGUCGCUCAUACCAGUAACCGCGGCGAGUAUGACCAUGUCAUCAGUGCUUAUCUGGAGGGCCUGAAAAACACCUCAUGGACGAGCUGGGAUGGCCCGGAUGUUCUACUGGGCGCUGGCGCGGAGGCCUUCCUCCAGACGGAAGAUGCGCCGCGCGAUUACUACCGGCUGUUUGCCGAAAACGGCUAUACCGUGGUGUGGAAUAACACGGCACUGGAUAAAGCUCCGAAUGACCAGAGAUUGCUGGGAGUCUUCCAAAAAUCCAACCUGGCCACCUGGCUCGACCGUAACGUCUACCGCGAUAACCUUCUAAACCGGAGCAACUACCCGGACGGAUCUGGUCGUGAUGCGGAGGACCUGCCCGGUCUCAGGGAGAUGACGCUGAAGGCAAUCGACGUGUUGCACGAACGGCAUGGAAAGAAAGGUUGGUUCCUCAUGUCGGAGGCGGCCAGCAUUGACAAGCAAAUGCACACAUUGGACUACGAUCGGUCACUGGGCGAAUUACUAGAGCUUGACGAUACAGUCCGCGCAACUAUUGACCGACUUAGGGAACUUGGCGAGCUAGAAGACACCUUGUUGAUUGUUACCGCCGAUCAUGGUCAUGGAUUUGAUGUGACGGGCUCUAUUGAUACUGAAUACCUGAACGCGCAGACUGACGACCGUUCAAGGCGCAAAGCCGUCGGAUACUAUGAGAACUCAGGUCUCUCCCAGUAUACGGUAGGAGGGCCAAACUCCCUUCGAUAUUCCGAGGGCGUCCAUUUCCCUGCUCGCUGGGACCCGCGGUAUACAUUGCACUCGGGCGUAGUCGCGUUUCCAGACCACCGCGAAAAUUACCAGGUGCAUAGUGAAGGACCACGUACACCUGCAGUUAGUCAUGGUAAUGGACAGGACGGCUACUAUGCCAACUACAAGGAUGCUGUCACCGGAUUCUUGAUCAAUGGUACUUUGCCCGUUGACUCGAGCCAAGGGGUACACUCGCUCACAGAUGUACCGGUGUUCGCGCAAGGUCCUUGUCAGGAACUUUUUGGCGGCGUGUACAAUUCCAUAGAUAUAUUCUUCAGCAUGGCGGAAUGCCUGGGACUGUCGGGGACAAGGCCGUGGAUUUAG